AUGGCUGUUUCCAAGGCCGGAAAUUUUUUCGCUUUCGGUUACCCAAAUUUCGAUUCGGUCAUCCAACGUUAUUUAGACGUCAAGGCAACCGAGGCCGCUGCCGGGGAGUCAUCCGAGUCACCGGAAACAAGCGUUACCAGCGUACUCCAACAGGAGUCCCACUCGGAUUCGGAGUCUACAGAUGUGGACGAGGAUAUGAUCAGUUUGGCUCUUUCGUUAGCCCCUCCAGAAGUAAGAAAAGAGAACAGGAGGAAGGCGGAAGAAGAUAGGGCAUUAGGGGAUAUUCAUGUUGAAGAGAUGACUUUGGACGAACUGCAAAAGUUGAACGACCGGAUGGAAGAUUUGAAGAAGAAAAUUGCCGAUCGAGCUAAUGAUAUACGUUUUGGAUCAGUGAAAAACUGAUCCGCAAUUUGUUUUCGCUGGCCGAAUUCUUUUCGGGUAAUUGGUGUACCUUUUGUCCCAUAUCUCAUUGU